AUGGUAAAACCACUAUCCUUUAAAGGCGACAAAAAGACCAAAAAACGAAAACACCGCCAAGACGACGAGUCGAACGAGUCGAAACGUACUCCUACAGACCUAAUCGCACACGAACAACACGAAGAACAGAACACCACAACAGAAGACGACCAAAACUGGGUUUCCGCCGAUGUACCCAGCGAUAUCAGCGGUCCCGUCGUGAUUGUAUUGCCGUCCACACCCAUACCGACCUGUAUAGCCUGCGACGCGAAUGGCGCCGUGUUCGCGAGCGAGCUCGAGAAUACGAUUGAUAAUGACCCGCGAACCGCGGAGCCGCAUGAUGUGCGACAGGUAUGGGUUGCAACGAGGGUAGCGGGCACAGAAGGUUUUAGUUUCAAGGGCCACCAUGGGCGAUAUCUGAGUUGCGAUAAAUACGGCAUUCUGAGCGCAACGGCAGCGGCAAUAUCCCCCUUUGAAUCUUUCAUUGCGAUCCAACCACCUGAUACACCUGGCAUGCUCGCAUUGCAGACUCGAGGCGGCGAGUCGGAUACCUUUAUCACCAUUACCGAGAAACCCUCCACCACCUCCAAUAAUACGACGCGAAGAUUAAUCAAUUCCGAAGAUGGUGACGAAGACGAUAAAGAUUCAAAGGAGAAUGGGAAUAAAAAGAUUGAAGUUCGCGGCGAUGCAAACUCGAUAUCGUUUUCGUCUACGCUUCGAAUCAGGAUGCAAGCGCGCUUCAAACCUAAACUUAAAGCUUCGAAGGAGAGUAAAGCGAGAGAAAAGAUAUCAAGGAAGGAAUUGGAGGCUACUGUGGGGAGAAGGUUGGAGGAUCAUGAGGUUAAGAGACUGAAGAGGGCGAGGCGGGAAGGGAAUUAUUACGAGGAGGUGUUGGAUGUGAGGGUCAAGGGGAAACAUGAUAAGUUUGCCUCAUAA